GUCUCCAGAUCAACUGAUCGGACCGCUCCGCCGUUGUCUUGACACGUAUCCACCUCAGCACCUUCGCAGCCUCAUGAAACUUGCGCUCGACUAAUCAGCUCUUUCGUCGUCGUCUUACUUCUACUCUCGGGGACCUUUUUUGUCUUUCCUAUUACUCAAACACUUCAACUUCACCUUUCUGUCUUCCUUAUUCUUUGAUCUUCCACCGACGCGCCUUCUCUUCUGAUCUCGUCCGUCAUCGAUGGAGUUCACCAAGCCCAUGCUGCAGACCCGCAGGUCACACAAUGGGCAGCCUGCCCAGCCAUCGAUACAACAACUCUCUCCUCAACAGCAGCAGCAAUAUUACCAGCUCCAGCUCCAGCAACAGCAGCAGCCACAUUCACCGCAGCAGCAACAGCAACAGCAACAUUACAGUCAGUCACACGGACAACACCUCGAGCCUGAUCUGGCCCUUCCUCAGCACCAGAUGUAUCUCCCACAAGGACCCGAUCCAAAUCUGCAAGGUGACAGCCCCACCAGCAGGGCGCGCGAUUACCGCAACACAUACUCACCAAGACACAACAUGAGUCCUACAAUGCAUCGAUUCACCCCACCAGCAUAUCCUGCCAUGGCCACCUCGCCUUACUCGCAGAGCCCUUACACUCCUGCAGCACCUGCAGCUGAUUCGAUGGGUCGCACACAGUACGGGGCCAGAACACCUGUUCAGUACUCUCCGAACAAUCAAUACUAUUCACAUUUAAAUAUGUCACCGCUCCAUCCACAGCAACAGCCACAGGCACAGCAGCAGCAAAGUCCCUACCAUCUUGGAGUGCUUCCUGAAACGACUGCCGCUCCAUCUCGGCAAACACUGGUCAACCAAUUCCAGGCCUUGUCUGUGGACUCAACUGGACGGCGAGCAUCGACAGCAGUGCUGAUGCAACAACCAACCAACCAAAAUCCUCAACUACAGCAACAAUUCUACACCACCCCUGCCCCUACAUUUAGAAAACUCCGGUCUAGAGCAGAUUUGCAGCCGAAGAAGAACAUCCAGCCGCAGUAUAGGAGGGCAAAUCCAGAAGGCGGGUUUAUGAGUCCCCUGCAAGCUCUGACAGUACACAUCCCAUCAACAUACCGCAUAUGCAAUCCGAAUUUCAAGUACGAGUCCUCGCGAAAUCCGAGGCGAGUGCUCACGAAACCGAGCAAGGCAAGCAAAAACAACGGCUAUGACAACGACGAUAGCGACUAUAUCUUAUAUGUGAAUGAUAUCUUGGGCGGCGGAAAGGAUCAGCAAAAGUACUUGAUUCUCGAUAUUUUAGGACAGGGAACGUUUGGCCAGGUUGUCAAAUGUCAAAAUCUGAAGACGCAGGAGGUUGUUGCGGUGAAAGUCAUCAAGAACAAGCCUGCUUAUUUCAACCAGAGUAUGAUGGAGGUUUCGAUUCUAGAACAUUUGAAUACCUCCGUCGACAAAAAUGAUGAGCACCAUCUCCUGCGACUGCGAGACAAGUUUAUACAUCGCGAACAUCUAUGCCUGGUCUUUGAGCUUCUCUCGAGCAAUCUAUACGAUCUGAUCAAGCAGAACCAGUUCAGAGGACUGAGUACUAACUUGGUCCGCGUGUUUGCGCAGCAGUUGCUAGAUGCAAUGUGUGUGCUCAAAGAGGCCAAAUUGAUCCACUGCGAUCUCAAGCCAGAGAAUAUCUUGCUUAAAAAUUUGGAGAGUCCGAUUAUAAAAGUCAUAGAUUUUGGUUCUGCAUGCCACGAGCGACAAACGGUGUAUACAUACAUUCAAUCACGGUUCUAUCGAUCACCAGAGGUCAUCCUAGGAUUACCAUACUCUUCAUCGAUUGACAUGUGGUCACUUGGUUGCAUCGUGGCCGAACUAUUUCUGGGAUUGCCACUAUUCCCAGGAAGUUCAGAGUACAAUCAACUAUCGAGGAUAAUCGAGAUGUUUGGAAUGCCGCCGACAUGGAUGAUUGAGAUGGGCAAGCAGUCGCCUGAAUUUUUCGAAAAAGUGACUGAUGAGUACGGUCGGAAAUCAUAUCGCUUGAAGAGCAUGGAGAAAUAUUCGCGCGAGCACCGGACGAACGAGCAGCCGAGCAAGCGGUAUUUCGCGGCGACCAAAUUCCCGGAUAUCGUGAACUCGUACCCGAUGCCGAAGCGGAAUAUGAAGCCGGCCGAGAUCGAGCGGGAGAUGCAGAAUCGGGUUGCGUUUAUUGAUUUCGUGCAGCGAUUGCUGAACAUGAACCCCGUCGAGCGAUGGACGCCGCAGCAGGCCAAGCAGCAUCAUUUCGUCGCGCCUCAGAAGGCUAUGCCAGCGGCAUCGAACCAGGGCGCUACUAGUAGCUCUAUGAUGCAGCAGCAAAGCUCGAACGAUAGUUACAAGAGCGGCGGCAAGCCCGCUGAGAACUAUAGCUACCAGCAGCCUGCCGAUCUGGGAUCUGCUGUGGUUCCUCCGGCAGGGAGCAGAUUACAAGGCGAAUCAUCAUACCACGCGCCAGCGCAAAACCCGCAGUAUGGAACUACUUCUUCGAACCCAUACCUACCCCCGCAGUCAGCGUACUCGACCGCGAACAACGGCACAGGCGCAGUCCCUAUGGCGCAGACAACCAGCGCGCGCUCGAAUCGUCCCCGCGCGGUCACGAUCGGGCACAUGGAUCCGAUCCCGCCCAAGCUGCAGCGAGUAGGCAACCUGAUCGACCCGUCGAACGCGAUCCGCGCGCAGCCGAGUCCCGCGUACUUCCCGCCGCCAGAGCUAGAGAUGGGCAAUAGCGGAAGCGCGAGCGGCAGCGACGAGCUCGACGCUGCGGGGAAUGGUGGGAAUGCAAAGAGCAAGCGGCGCGGGAACGGGCAGCAUGGCGACGUGAUUAGAAAUCUGGAAGACGGGCUGUCGGUCAGUUAUUGGGCUUGAGUGUCUUGCAGCUGUUUCUUUUUUAUAAUGGCUUACGAUUCAAUUUUUGUGUUUUUGUUUUAUGAAUCCUGUAUACAUAUCUAACGCCUUUUUCUCCUUUGGGUUUUUUGUUUUCUUGUUUUCUAUUUCUGUAUUCCGCCCCGCGCUUCUUGUUUUAACGGACCUGAACCAUGACGAUGACCAUGACACCAUUUGUCGUUUGUUAGCAUUACCAGGAGUUUUUAUUGUCGUUAAGAUUGUGUGCAGAUGCUCUAGAAAAGGGUACAUAAAUAGAGAAGUCUGAGCUGUGGGAGAGAAGUAGUGUAGAAGUAGUUGUAAACUGGAGGCAGUCUAGAAUAUAUUACAUAAGCUCUGACUCACUAUUCUGGAUCCAGAUCUCCCGAAAUUGGGAACCAGGAGGAAAGGGUUUUGAGCCGAA